CGCGCAUGCGCAUGACUUGCACAUGUUGUUGUAAAAGCCCGGAUGUUGCUUUGUUAAAAUACUCAAGUAUUCAAUCACUCAGUCGCACAAAAAACCAUCAUGUCUAGAGGAGGAAGAGCAAACAGACCACCUGGCACUAAGGUUUUUAUUGGAAACUGCCCAGAAGAAUGUACAAAUGAUGAUCUCAGGAGACUAUUUGAAAACUUUGGCAAAGUAGCAGAGGCUGAUACAGUCGAAGGCAAAAACUUUGCAUUUGUGCACUACUAUGCUCCAGAAGAUGCCAAAAGUGCAGUAGCAGCCCUGCAUAAGUCAGAGUUCUUGGGAAAAGAAAUCAGAGUAGAGUUGUCAGACAUGUCCAAGAAAAAGCAAAGCGGUGGUGAUGAUGACAAGUGUCGCGUGUGUGGAGGCAUUGGUCAUUGGGCGGCUGAGUGCCCUUCGUCAGGGAGAAGUGGUGGUUUUGGCGGAAGAGGAGGAGGUAGAGGACGCGGUGGAGAUAGAGGUGAUCGUGGUGGCUUCAGAGGUGGAAGAGGUGGAGACAGGGGAGGAUUAAGUGGAGGACUCCGAGGAAGAGGACGAGGAUAUCCCCAAAGAGAUCCUUAUGCUGAUCCUUACGCUGCAGAUCCAUACGCAGAAGACCCAUACGCAUAUGCUGAUCCUUAUGCUGAAGACCCAUAUGCAGAGGAAGAUCCAUAUGCUACUAUUAUGCUAAACAAAGGAGAGCUCCAGCUGCCAUUGACCCUUAUGCUGAGUACGACCCAUACGCUGAAUAAACAAAUACACAACAUAGAACAAAGACCGCCCGAUAAAUCUACAAUGCCUCCGGGAGAAGAGUUCAACAAUUUCGACCGAAACAUGCGGAUGAAACCGGUUAACCAAAGAGUAGAAUAUCGAAGCGAACUGUAAAAGACAAUAGGAAAAGUCUAAAAGACGAAUCAUAAACAGUGUACAUAUUUUUACAUGAACUCUUAAUUGUUAAGACUGGUCGUCAUUGCGCACAUAGCGAGUCAUUUUGGCCCAGAAUAUACCGUCAUGUAAACUCAUUGAUAUAUGUUGUCUUAAUCAACAAAAUGUACAUAUUUACAUUAUUUGUGUUAUCAUAGUCAUCAUCCCUAGAAACAAUGUUUUUAGUAAUUUACCUGUGUAAGUACCAUUGAACGCUUCGUCCUAAGAAAGAUGAUCUACAUAAUGAAACCGUAUUGUCAUUUGGCGUGACAGUUGAUGUUAUCGUUAACGUUAACAUCUCAUUUUUACCAACUUUUAAACAUUUUAGUUUACUGUCAUAUGUAUGAUAACCACUUCAAUGAACACAAGCGAUUAUAAUUAUGGCGUUAGUAAAAGCGUAAAACAAUGACGGUUUUCUUAAACAUAGUAUCGUUGGGAACAUCACUGAUCAUGUAAAACUGUAAAUGUCAUUUCGCCAACCUUUUGUAAAGUAGGAAAUAAAAUUCUGUAUGUUCAUUUUA